AUGAAAAGUGAUCAUGUGAACUUUCACAAAUAGCAGAAGAUUCUGUCGGCAAAACUCCAUAAUUUUACUUCCUCUUCCUUAUACCUGCAUUUAAAGGGAACAAUUAAUUGUGUAUUUUCAUCUGACGUCACCUGAUUAUUUUAAUGGUUGACGAGAAUCAGGAAGAUUUUUUUAAAGUGAAACAAAUAUUGAACAUAGCAAAAACUUUGAGCUGAAAAUCUGAAUUCAUAAAAAACACACAACAAUGCCUGUCUGUGGAAGUUGGACAUUCAGACAGUUGGUACUUGCCGUUGUCAUGGUGGUCACUGGUUCUAUUAACACACUGUCAACAAAAUGGGCAGACAGAGAAAAAGCACUUGGAACAGCAGAAAAACCACAUGGUUUCGACCAUCCUUUCUUUCAGGCAGUAGGUAUGUUCCUUGGAGAGAUGAUGUGUAUGGUUGUAUUCCUGGUCAUGUAUUGUUCAGGGAGAGGUGUGACCAAUCGACAGAGAGAUGCAAAUUAUUGUGGACUGGGUUACAACCCACUGAUAUUCUUACCUGCCUCGCUCUGUGAUAUGACUGGUACCUCAUUGAUGUACAUAGGAUUGAAUUUGACUUAUGCCUCAAGUUUUCAGAUGUUGAGAGGUGCUGUUAUAAUCUUCACUGCCCUACUGUCGGUAGCUUUCCUUGGUAGAACCAUCAGAGCACAGAUGUGGAUUGGUAUAGUUAGUGUAAUUGUUGGUUUGGCUGUCGUUGGUGUGUCUGAUAUCAUUUUUAACACUGACAAGAACAAAGAUACAAAUGGAAUUAUUGCAGGUGAUUUAUUGAUUAUUAUGGCCCAGAUUAUUGUGGCGGUUCAGAUGGUCUAUGAAGAAAGAGUUAUAAACAGAUUUACAAUACAUCCUUUGGAGGCUGUAGGCUGGGAAGGUAUAUUUGGAUUUGUUCUCUUAGGCCUCUUGUUGAUUCCAUUUUUCCACAUUGAUGCCGGAGCCUUCAGUGAAUUGCCAACACACAAAUUAGAUGAUGCUAUUGAUGCCUUCCAUCAGCUGGGUCAAAACUGGCAAAUUCUUACGGCAACUCUAGGAAAUAUUUUCAGCAUAGCUUUCUUCAAUUUUGCUGGAAUAAGUGUGACAAGAGAAAUCAGUGCUACCACACGAAUGGUUCUGGACAGUGUACGAACAAUCAUUAUCUGGGUUGCUGCCCUAGCCUUAGAUUGGCAGAAAUUUAUCCCACUCCAAAUAUUGGGAUUUGUUGUUCUGAUCAUCGGAAUGAUGUUAUACAAUGAUAUUGGCAUACAGUUUAUAAGGAGGACAAUUAUGACACGUGUUUUACGGAGACCCUUACCACCUGAUGAAGACCAGGAGAGAUUGAUCCCAGAGGACAAUGCUAAUCGUCGCGGAGGAAAUAUUCAGGAUUAACCACAACUUACAUGAUAUUCAAGAGGAGCCUCAACCUGGUCCAUCAAAUGCUGCUAUAUAAUCGUUUUUGAUUGGUUCAUUUGAAUUUAUUCUUGAAUCUGAUUAGUGGUUUAUGGACCAAUAGUAUGUUGACCUUUAAGAUUGUGAUACAAACUUUUGAACAAUAUUUUGAGUACUUAAUAUAUAUAUUUAUGAGAAUGGGUGCAAUAUGAUUGUUUUGAUAUGACUGUGACAUGAGAAAUAAUAUAUUUGUUAUAACACUUUUUGUUUGUAAUUUUUGCCAAAAAAAAAUGUAUUUAAUUAAGUUACAAAGUUAUAAAUUUUUUGUGUACUAACUGAUAGUGCCUCUGUUGUGCUCCUAGCAUUGACCACACAGAAAAAUGAAAAUAGUAAUAUAAACUUAGAAAUAAGUACCUAUGUGAGACUCUUGUAAUCAUGGGAUUCAAAGACUGUGAUUUUCAUUUAUUUUUUUGUUGUUGAUAUAAAUGUUGGUGGUUUUAGAAUAUAAAAAUGUAACUUUGAUGGAUAUUUGAAUUCUGUUUUUUUUUUAAAUGAGAGUACGAAUUGUUUCGACAUACUAUAAGUUUAUACUGAAUUAAUAACGACUUGUUUAUUUUACAAUCAGAGGCAGAUUUAGGGAGGCCCAGGGGCCUAGCCCCCCCUUUUUUUGAGAAAAAACAUUUGGUUGGUUAUUUAGGGAUACACUGAAGCGUGAAGGGAGCGGGCCCUCUCUUAGGCAGCCAGUGGGCUGCCACUUAUGAAAAUUUGUAGAUCCACCAUUGACAAUGAGAUUGUUCGACACACUAUUUACUAAGCGUUACAUUUUAAUAAGGCUUAGUAGUAUGACUGAGUACUUCAUGACUUUGUUAUUGCAAAUUUUAUUUCAACAUGUUCAACUGAUCGGGCGUAGCUUAUGUUUUGAUAUGUGUAAGGACAGUGUAUUUGAAGAUGUGUGUGAUUAUGAUGAUUGCCGUUAUAAUUGAUAUUGAAUACUAAUCACAUGUCAGUGUCACCAAACGCAUAUACAAAAGAACUCAGUGAAUGAUAUGGGAUGAAUAACUAGACACUUAAAUUUCAUAGAUGAGCUUAUCCCAAAACUCCUGUCUAUUGAUGGACUUGUCUUAAAUGAGCGAACUUCUUAAACUCCGCUCAGUCAAGUGAAAUAAAUCUAGUAUAAGUUGUCUAUUAAUCCUCAUCCCUCUGCUCCUAUGCCAACAUCCACCAAAGUAUUCCUAACAAAUUUUUGUUUUGGGCUAUCUUGCAUUGAUGUGCGCUUACUAAGCUUCAAUUUUAGGAUAAGAACAAAUCAUGAUUUUUGAAAUCAAGAAGAGGUUCAAAUUACUAGUAGGUUUCACUCUAUGAUAUUGUUUUGUGUUUAUGUUCUUUGAGAUGUAUUUUUUUCUCAUGGAGAACCAUUUCACACACACAAUGAUUUUUCAAAAAACUUUAUAUGAAAUUCAAAGGUUGCAAUAUAUUUACCAUUUGACAGAUGCACAAAACAUUUAUGAUAAAAAUAAAAUUUGAUCAAGGUUGCACUGUAAAAAUAUCACAUCAAACUCAAUUUUAAGUAUAUUUAUAUAAGGUUGGACUGUGUAUAUAUCACAUUGCUUGUUUACAUGGCUAUCACCAAAGUAUAUAGCUCACAAAUAGUUUAUUUACUGUCAGACUAAGGUUGGACAUUUAAAGUAGCACAUUUUUUUGUUGCAAAAAGCAUUUACGGUACAAUGAAAAUAUUAUUCAAAUAUAUAUUUAUGGGUUGAAUUGAAGAGACCUAUUUACUUGUUGAAUAUUUCAUUUAAAAAGAUUGAUAUUUAAUCCCAAAUUGGUCCCUCCCUGUAACCAAUCUUUCCUACUUGUGAAAAUGAGGGUUUGGAUGGUGUUUAUCAAAUAUAGAUUAAUAAUUGACAAAGGAAUAGAGGAUCAAUAAAUAAAGAAGAUAGUAAUGGACAAAAAAAGAAUAGAGAAGAACAACAGCCUCAUUAAUUUAGACAGUGUGUGACAUUUAUACCUUGUGUCUUUAGAAUCUUUGGUAUGUUUGGAUUUACAUUGUUCAUAGGUACUAUUUUAAGCUUCUGUUUAACACAGAUUAUUUUUACUGCUUUUUUUUACUCUUUAAACAGGCAUUGACGAAACUGGCUAUUACACAAGCAUUAUCACUUUUAAAGGACUUAUUUCCCUUAGAUAAAGCUGUAAUAUGAUUGGUUAAUUGUUGUUUGCUUUAUUUCCAGUGGCAAAUAUUUCAAUAAUGUUAAGAAAGUUAUGUAUUUAUCUAUUUUUGAUCUUAAUGUAUUACAGGUUAAAAUAGCAAAGUAAGUCGUGUCGCAUAAUGCAAAUUGCGUACAUGAUGAAAUGUGACUUGACUAUAUAGUAAUUUUGUAUCUUUUUUUUUUUCUAUUUGCAAGUACAGAACAAAAUUUUGUAAAUAAAUAAAAAAAAUAUUAAAUUAAUUUUUAUACA